AUGCCACCAAGCUGCACAAGGGAUGUUGAUUGCACAUGGUACUGCAUCAGAAUUCAACAAGGGAUUGCUCUUUGCAACAAUCAACGCUCUUGCAUAUGCUUGCCAAAAGUGCAUCAUCGUCCUCAUUUUAUUUACACACCACAGCCUUCAAGCCCACUGCCAUCGCCCUAA